AGUUGCUACCUAACCCCCGCCCCAGGCAUCCACUGUGGGCUGAGUUGCAUCUGUGAUCUAAAACAAGCAAGACUGAGGCCAAUUCCUCAGAUUCCCUUGGAGAAGAAUGACUCCUGGAAAUGCUUCUUUUGUGACUGAAUUCAUUCUGGUGGGGCUAACAAACCUACCAUAUCUCCAGCUCCCCCUGUUCUGCUUGUUUCUACUCAUGUAUGUGGUCACCGUGUUGGGAAAUAUGUGCUUGAUAACUCUAAUUGGGCUGAAUUCACACCUCCACACCCCCAUGUACUUUUUCCUCUUCAAUUUGUCCUUCAUAGAUCUCUGUUACUCUUCUGUGUUUACACCCAAAAUGCUGACUAACUUUAUAUCAAAGAACAUAAUCUCUUACAGGGGAUGCAUGACCCAGCUUUACUUUCUCUGUUUUUUUGGUAUUUCUGAAGCUUAUGUGCUGACAUCAAUGGCCUAUGAUCGCUAUGUGGCCAUCUGUAACCCACUUUUGUAUAAUGUUGUCAUGUCCCCUAAAGUGUUUUCCAGCCUUAUGCUUGGUUCGUAUUUGAUGGCAUUUUCAGAUGCCACAGCUCACACAGGAUGCAUGCUGAGGCUGACCUUCUGUGAUGCAAACACCAUCAACCAUUAUUUGUGUGAUAUCCUCCCUCUGCUCCAGCUCUCCUGCACCAGCACAUACAUGAAUGAGCUGGUGGUUUUCACUGUGGCAGGCAUCAAUGUGAUUGUGCCCAGUGUCAUCAUCUUUGUCUCUUAUGGUUUCAUCCUCUCCAGCAUCCUGCGCAUCAGCUCCACCAAGGGCAAGUCCAAAGCCUUCAGCACCUGCAGUUCACACAUAGUUGCUGUUUCUCUCUUCUUUGGAUCAGGUGCAUUUAUGUAUCUUCAACCAUCCUCUGCUAUGUCUAUGGAUGAGGGAAAAAUCUCCUCUGUCUUUUAUACCAAUGUGGUUCCCUUGAUGAACCCCUUCAUUUACAGCUUGAGAAACAAAGACAUUAAAUGUGCUGUGAGAAAAACUUCAAGUAAGCAACAGUUUUGA